CCAAACCAGCAUCGGUUCAUCGCCUCUGUCAUCCCGCCUCCAAUUCUUGACAGAAUAAAAUCGGAGGAAAAACCAUGGCGGCUAAUAAGGAUGAAGGAACAGAGUACCUUGAUGUACUCACUAAAACGGGUGAAAAAACUGGCAUCUCAAAACCAAGAGGGGAGGUGCACAGAAAUGGGGAUUACCAUCGGGCCGUUCACGUUUGGAUUUAUGCUGAAAGUACUCAAAAACUGCUUCUGCAACGCCGUGCAGACAGCAAGGACUCAUGGCCUGGUCAAUGGGAUAUAUCAAGUGCUGGUCAUAUAUCUGCUGGGGAUUCGUCUCUAGUUUCAGCAGUGAGGGAGCUUCAAGAAGAACUUGGUGUAACACUUCCAAAGGAUGCAUUUGAAUUAAUUUUUGAAUUUCUUCAAGAAUGUGUUAUCAAUGAUGGAACCUACAUCAACAAUGAAUACAAUGAUGUAUAUCUGGUUACCACGAUAGAUCCAAUUCCCAUGGAUGCCUUUACUCUACAGGAAUCAGAAGUUUCAGCUGUGAAAUAUAUCUCUUACCAAGAGUAUAGAAGUUUACUUGCAAGGGAAGAUCCUCAUUAUGUGCCUUAUGAUGUCAAUAGUUCAUAUUGUCAGCUCUUCGAAGUAAUUGAGAAAAGGUACAAAGAAAACGUUGAAUUGCGGAGUUUGAACCUACAAAAGCAGCUCAAUCGUUAUGCUCGGGUUUCACUCACUGCAGAGGUUGCCGGGAUAAGCGAUGCAGAUAAGAAAGCUCUAGCUCUUCUUGUCAAAGCUGCAAGAGUUAUAGAUGAAAUUUUUUAUUUGCAGGUCUGGCAUAGCAACCCAUCUUUGAGAGAUUGGUUAAAGGAGUAUGCUGGAAAAUCUCAGUUGGAUAAAUUAAAAUGGACUUAUUAUCAUAUUAACAAAAGUCCAUGGUAGGAAUGCUCUCACACAUUCAUUUCUCUCAUGGAAUCUCUCUGCCUUGAACAUUCAGACUAAGUUUAAAACUCAGAAAAUGGUUCCAAACGGACACUUGGUGAAUACUGAGAGAAUAAAAAUCAGAUCUGGAGUAUAUAAACAGUGUUUUUAUUAUUGUGGAACUGCUGUCCAGAACUAUGUUUCCAUACAUAUAAAUAGAGGACUAAACAACACAACCAUUACAAAUAGACACAACAGUUCCUAACCAACACAUCUGUUGGAAACUGUCAUAAAACUGCCUGUAACUGCCUAACUGCCUGCCCUUU